AUGACGAGAUCUCCCCCGGAGACAGCGCUGGGGGAGGAUCGAGUUGGACGAAUGAAGGCGAUGACGGAGGCAGCGGAGGUGGCGACAUAUGGAGGGGCUGCAACAGGGUGGGAGGCGGAAGGGGAGUUAGCUGCCGAGACUGCGGCUGCCUCUGGCGGCGACUCAGCCUCACACCGUGCGACGGGCCCCACUGUGACGCUACUUCCUGAAAUACAUGGACGGGUAGAGGAGCAGGAACGUGCAACGGAGGCAACGGAGGAGACGGUGCCCGCUCCACGGGCACAGACAGUGGUGAUGACGGAUGCUGCAGUGGGAGCGGACGUAGGCCCAGUCGAGGGAGGCGCAAUGGUUGGCGCUGGGUCCGCCGAAACGCCUGCUGCCGCCGUGGGCACAGACACGCAGGGGUGCAACCAGGUGGCGGGCGAUACACGGGGGCGUAGGAACGGCGUUGCUGCGCACGCCACUCUCGGGAAGGGCAGGAAGAAGUUCCGCGCCCAGCCAGCGCAGAGGCGGCCCGACGGCCAUACUCACCAUGGAUCCCGACGGGGAGAACGCCGCAAGCGGGGGAAAACGGGCGGAUCAAUGAGCCCCAGGGAAGAGGUGGAGGGAUGUCCCGCGGGGCCCGAGGCGGAGAUCGUGGGGGACGGGGCGGAAGACGGGGCGGAGGCGCAACCGUCAGGGGAAGAGAGGCACUGGUGA